AUGGAUAUUCAAGAAGUUCGCAGUCUUAUAAAAAUUAUACCGGAUUUCCCACAAAAGGGGAUCCUUUUUCAAGAUAUUUUUCCUAUUUUUCGGAAUCCCAAAGCUGUUGAAACUCUCAUCACUCAUAUUACGGACCAUAUUGUUUCAAAUAUAAAGGAAAAGAUCGAUGUUGUUGUUGGGUUGGAGGCACGUGGAUUCUUAUUUGGACCAAUUGUGGCUCUAAGAUUGAAUGCAUCCUUUGCUCCUGUAAGGAAAAGAGGCAAGUUACCCGGAAAUACCAUCACAGCUGAAUAUCAAAAGGAAUACGGGGUGGACGUUUUUGAGAUGCAAGAUGAUGCAAUCAAACAGAAUCAAAAUGUUAUUAUAAUAGAUGAUCUUAUAGCAACGGGAGGUACAGCAAGUGCGGCCGGAGAACUCGUUAAGAAAUUUGGCGGUAAUAUAUUGGAAUACAUUUUUUUAAUUGAAUUGGUGGAAUUAGAUGGUUGUCGAAAGUUGAAGUCCCCCGUAUAUUCUAUAUUUAAGUCUUGA